AUGCGUGCGUCGGCUCAUCUCCUGCUUCUUUCUGCUCUCUGGGAGGCAGCGGCAUGUGUCAACCUUCGUAAGAUUGAGUUUGACAUCCUGCGCUCCUCGCGGCCGUCUCUCUUCCUCUUCACAGCAACCGGUUGUAAGGAAUGUGAUCGCAUCCAAGGCUUGCUGGACGAGGUGGCAUCUGGGGUCCUUCGUACCAUUCCCAUUGCCACAAUCAACUGCCGCGACGAGCCAGAGGCAUGUGAUGAGUCUCAAAUAUUUGCCGUACCAAUGUUGAAGUUUACAACUGGCAAUGGGGACUUGGUCACAUACAAGGAGGCUGUAGAUCUGCCUGCGAUCGUCCGAUACAUCGAGAGACAGUCGGGCUCCCCAGUCACCAAUCUGACCGAGGGCGAUCACCUUGACUUUGCAGCAUCAUCUAGAGUAGCCGUUAUCGCUUUUCUCAGCACGUCAGCCAGCCAAGAAGACCGCCAGGCCUUUGAGACUGUCGCCGGCAAGUGGCGGACGCAUUUCAGCUUCGGCUCUGUCCAAGGCGGUCAUGACGCUGACCCUUUUAUCGCUGUCCAUUCUCGUGACAGGGACGAUAUUAUGCACUACCGCGGAAAGUUCAAUGCGGAUGACAUUGAGGCCUUUCUUCGAGAUGCAACCACGCCCCUGGUUCAUGAAUUUGACCCACUUGUUCACCAAGAACUCACCAAGGAUAGUAAGCCGCUUGCUCAGAUCUUCUUGAAGCAAGGCAUUGAUCGGGACAAGAUAGCCAAGUCUUUGGCCCCCUUAGCCAAGAAGUUCAGAGAUCAGAUAAACUGGGUCACGGUUCGAGUGCCAGAUUAUCAUGGCCAGCUCGAGAGAAUGCACCUCGACAAGGACAUCGAGCAAGGAUUUGCGGUUGCAGACGCUCUGGGUCGCGCAUAUCCCAUGUCUUCCCCACAAGUCAAUGCCGACGAGGUCGCCAGACACAUUAAGGCGUACCUUGCGGGAACCAUUACCCCGACCAUCAAGUCAGAAGUAAUACCUGAGCCAUCCGAGGAGCUGGCGUUCUUAACUACCCUGGUCGGUAGCAACUUUGAUAACAUUGCUUUUGAUAAAUCUCGGGAUGUUCUCAUCGAAUUCUACGUGCCAUGGUCUGAAUACUGCCAAGACCUACUCAGGGUGAUGAACCACCUUAGCUCCAAGUACGUAGAGUCCGGGCUCUCUGAUAAGAUUACCGUAGCAGCGAUCAAUGUCGAGGCCAAUGAUGUGCCGAUCCAUAUCGACAGCUACCCUUCACUGAAGCUUUAUCGCGCGGGCACAAAUGAAGUUGUGUCCUUUGUAGGCGAUUUCCACCAGAUGUUGACACCGGAGCUGCUGGAUGCUUUCGUUUCAAGCCAGGGGAAGCACGGUGUCAGUGCGUUCGGAAAAGACACAACAGACCGUCAUGAGGAGCUGUAA